CCGGCGGUCACUGGGGCGAGUCACGUGUGCAGAUGACGAAAGUCCGCGAACCGAGAACGUUUUUUGAUUAAUAACAUAUUUUAAUAGUAGUUUCGUGUGCCUGUGUACUUAAAUAGUGUUUCCGGUCGACAAACACGCAUUACGUGUUAUCAUAUACCGUUUUAUUGUUACAUGUAACAGGCAUUAUAUACAGAGGUGGAGUACACCGUUCUGUGUUUUGUAUAAUACGUAACGUUUUCCAUCGCAGUAGCGUUGAAUCGAGAUCGUUUUGGCGCAGUGGCCAUCGUAUUAUACUGUAUAGCCGCAGACAUAGGAUAUUUCGUUCGUGAGUAAAGCUCAUCGAGAGUCCCUUGGCUGAACGAAGCGUAUACGUAUACGACGAAAGUAUACGUCGUCCCAUACCCGAACUAUCACUUUCCAGUUAUAUAAAUAUGCGGGGGUUGUCUUCAACAAUCGAUGAUACCGGCGGUGGCUGUGGCAGUGAUGUUGACCAUUUACAAGGAAAUGAAGCAGAAGACCACUUUGAACCGUCGUUGUUCAAUGAAUAUCCCCCACUUCCUCUGUCUGAAGAUGUGCACACUGCUUUUUUGGCUACCAACUUGUUGCUGCUCUAUCUGAACCUGGCUAGGCUGUCGACUAUGUCAAUCGGCGACGCACAUCAACUACCGGUUACCGUCAACGACCGUGACGACCGCUACGAUGAUGAUAACAAUGGUUUGCCAGAAUCGGCGGCGGCAGUAAGCGUUACUACCGCGGUACAGGCAACAGCAGAACGGCGCUUGAGCAAUGAAUGGUUGCCCGGGGAACCGGGGCCGUCAACAGACGACAGGCGACCGUGGCCGGCGGACGCGACAACCUCGGUGGCACGGGUACCGCAGCGACAUCACCGUCAUUACCGCAGCGACAGUUGCCGGCCACCGCCACCGACCACAGAGCCAUACCACCGACAGACCGGCACCACAACCACCGCCUCCGCUAUGAUCACGGUGGCCGCGAGUGGUUCCAGGGCGAUGUCUAGGCCCAAACCGCGGACGCGCGGCCCAUCGUCGUCGAUCCCAUUUCCAGUGGACGUGGUUGACAGACUGCGGUCGCCGAUGGCGUCGCCCUCCAGACCUAGACAGUACGGUCGCAGGAGAAGCGUCCAAGACGCAGUCGCCACGGCGAUGAUGCUGCAGCGACAUGAGGGGCUCCAGUUACAGACGACCAUCGCAGUCGCCGACGACACCACUGCCGAACCGGAUGCUGAGCAGCUGCAGGUGCCAGGAGCCGUUCGGGAACCAGGACAGGAACCGAGGCUCGUCGCGUCGAUCAGAGCGUACGAGAUGUCGCAGGAGUCUCAAAGUCCAUUAGGCCAAUGGAGCAACAAAUACAGUUCCGUGUUGGCCACGCUUGGCUGUACUUUGGGAGCCUUCAACAUCAGUCGGUUCGCCAUACUCGCAGUACAAUUUGGAGCCAACUUUAUACUACAGUUCCUAGUGUUAUCGUUGCUAGUCGGCAUACCUCUGUUUACGUUUCAUAGUUCGCUCGGUCAACUACUAGGCGCCGGGGUCAUGGACAUGUGGAGGAUAUCACCAAUAUUCAAGGGGAUCGGCAUCGCACUGCUCCUGGCCCAAGCGUUCAUCGGCACAUACACAGUGAUUGGCAUCUCGUGGAUGUUCACAUAUUUCCGUGAUUCGUUCAUCACGAAACAGGACGUUUACCGUUGGGCAGAACCUAUCGACGAGUACAAAGAAGACGGUAUGCCCUGGACUUUAUCUUCAAAUGUCAGUUAUAAUAUCGAAGAGACAGUACCCGGUUACUUUAACGGCAUAGUUCUACAGAGAAAGUACGUGGAAAAACUCGAGAUGAACGAAAACUCGUUGAAAUUGCCUAUAGUUAUCAACCUGACGAUCAUAUGGACAAUCGUGUUCAUAUGCUUAAGUAAAGGUCUGAAGUCUUACAGUAAGGUGAUGUGUAUAUUCUCAUUGGUACCGGUUUUCGGUAUGUUUAUGUUGUGCACGAAAAUGUUGGGUUUAGCGCCAAUGAUCGGGUUCCAACAUCACGAUAUUUUUCCGGAAACGGAUUGGAGCGAAUUUUUUCUCAACACCAAGAGUUGGGUGGCGGCGUUCACCGAGACUUUUCUUACGUGGGGCAUACUCGGCGCGUGCACAAUGCAAAUCACUUCGCACAAUCGACCUAAACAUUUGCUACACAGAGACGCUUCGUUAGUGAUCAUCCUAACAAUAGCCGUACUCGUAUUGGCAGCGUUUUUAGCCAACACGUGCGUACAUCUCCUCGAAGCCCACGGAUACAUGUACCUGCCCAGUUCUUUCGAACGGAUGAGUUCCUAUACGUUUCUGUUCAAGCAGAAUUCUGCUCAGGCCCGCAAACACCUGACGCCCGUGCGGUGGAUGCAGCACAGCAGUCUGUUUAUGGGCGAAAGGACGAUGAAGAACAACGUGCCGGGUAUGCCGCAGGAGAGCGGAUACCAGGCCAUGCGCUUGGCGACUGAACUGUUUCCCGCCACGUUCGCCAUGAUCGGCGCAAAGAAUAUCUCGCCGUUCUGGUCCGUCCUGUUCUAUUUCGUGCUCAUCAUGUUCGGCAUCGGACAGCAAAUUGCUAUAUGGCACUGCGUCGUCAGCGGAAUCAUAUCUCUGCAUCCGUUCAAGCUGAGGAAAUGGCGUACGACGAUCACGUUUCUGACGUGUGCGGCCGCCUUUUCGAUCGGUUUAUUUAUGGCGACUGAACUGGGAAUUUUCAUCGUGUAUCUAAUGGACUACUGUGUCGGAUGCGGUUGGUGGAUAAUGAUACUGUAUUUGCUAGAAAUCGGAGCAUUGUUCAUGGUGCGCGGUCGUCCAUACAGCGGAGAGACGGUAGUGGCAACGCUGUUUUCGCAGGCCAACCAUCACCUGCAGGUGUGGAUGGCGCCGAUGCUGUCGUUCGAUUGGAACAUCGUCGUGCCGGUGGCUCUGAUCCUGCUCAGCACAUCCGUGUUCAAAAACGGUGGAUAUCGGUGGUUGUACAACUGGAAAGGUGUUUCUCAAUCGACUUACUGGUCGACGUCCAGCCGCGAGUUUGGCUGUUUGCUGCAGAUCGUACCGCUACUGAUCGUCCCAUUUGCUGGAAUCGUACAGACUUGCCGGUACCUGGCUACUGGACCACCAGACUUGUUCGAUCGGAUCCAGAUGCUGUACCGGCCCGUGAUCGAGACCCGUAGACCCCCAGAAACUGGCGAGGCGACGUCCGAAGCGGGCGUAAACGGCUCAGCGGCAGUGCAGAUCGAAGACCCGCCGCCCAAGUACACUCCACCGCCGUCGUAUUCCACGGCCACCGGAGCAAGAAUCGCGAAAAUGUUGCGGCAGAGCAUCCGACGGAGCGUGCGCAGGUUGGCGCACGUGCUCGGCAACCACCAUCAGUCGGCCAUACUCGGAGAGUCUUCCUCGUCCUCGUCGGCUGCGGCGCGAACCGUCCAAGCGGCGGCGGCAACGACGUCGUCUUCUUCGCACCACCAGCAGACCACAAUCCUCUCGGCGACGUCUCCGUCGACGGACGUACAACAAACCAUCUCAGCCGCUUCCGCUCCACCGCCCGAUUACACGACCGUGCUGGUCGAGAUGAACCGAGACGACGACGACGUCAUUUCUGUAGCGCGGACCGUCUGCGGCGAAUCGUCGUCCGCGUCCAGUCUGUCCGACGAACAGAGCACCAGCAUCGAGUGUCUAAUGGAACGGGCCGCGCCCAUCAACGUGGACCGGACAGGACCGGUUGCAGCUGCUGCAGUGACGGCGGCGACGACGGCGUCACACUAGUCCCGCGCACCGGAAUCGCUAAUAUAAUAUAUUGUAAAAUAUAAGUAUAUAAUAUUGUCAACUCUAUCCGCCGUCGUUCCGAUAAUAGAGUCGUUGUAGACGGAUUUGCGGGAAUGUAAAUACAUUUAUGUAAAUAGGAAUUCAAUCGAUCGUUUUUUUUACGUUUACAAAAAAAAAUAAAAAUAUAAAACAAAAUGACUGUGAUAA